AUGUACUAUUUCCAGCAGUUUAGUGUCUUAAAGUGCGCUACAAAAGUCAUUCAAAGGGUUGAACACUGUUCUACGCCACAGGUUACCCUUCGCCUUAUACCAAACGCCAAACCGAUCUUUUGUCCAAAAAAGCCUAUCCCAUGCGCAUCGGUGCCGCUGAUUGACGCUGAGUUAGAACGUCUUGAACACGAAGGCGGCCUAUCCCCGAUAUCAUACUCAGCCUGGGCGGCCCCAAUCGUUGUGGUAAAGAAGGCCGGUGGUUCAAUUCGGAUAAGCACAGACUUUUCGACUGGACCUAUUAACAAUUCAGAGUGGCGGAAGAUGCUUCGCGAAGCUCGAUCUGGCCGAUGCUUACUGCUGACCAUCAAUAUCAAUCGCGGUUUAUUCCAGUACAACCGCCUAUCCUUCGGUGUCAAGAUGGCUCCUGAUAUUUUUAGCAAUUUCUGGACACCAUUCCGGCCGGCAUUCCUGGAGUGGCAGCAUACCUCGACGACCUAUUAA